AUGGCGAGUGACGCCGCCGUGUACGCGUUCGAACCACUGCCUCUUUCGCUUGCCGGUUACUUUGCCACGGUCGCGCAAGCCAAGCGGUGCCUUCAAGAACUAUGUGCCCAGUAUCACAAGGACAUCUGCGAAGAUGCGCAUCUCCGCUGUUCGCGGCACUUUAAGAAACUCGGUUUUCAGCAACACUUCCCGUAUUUUCGAUCCACAACUAAGAACUGGUUUCCCCAUGGGCAGGAAAACUACAGAUUGAAGAAUUCGUACGUACGGCUCGUCGGCUUGCGAGGCGGCAAGAUCGGUGAGGGCGCUUGGGGUGAUGAUGUGGAUUUCAACGUCGCACUCACAACAGGCAACGGAAGCGAGAUGUUGCCCAUUCGCAUGAACUCUCAGAGUGCCUACAACGAUGACGACAACGUGCUUGCGGAGAUAGAAGUGUACGUCGGAUACCAAUGGGUCUGUUUCUCGCAAUGGCUGCAAUCUACCUUCAUGCCUCGGUUCAAUUACUACUCAACAGAACUCACGCAGCAACAAACACAAGCCUGGUCACGCAACGGAAAGACGUUUCGGCUCCUCGAUCUGCCCAGGGAAAUCAGGGACAUGAUAUAUCUGUACGCUAUGGGAAAGACAGGUUCAUUUAAGCUGUUCAUGAUGGACACUGUGUCUAAAGACCUGACUCAUUGUCUUCCAACGAGCAAGAAAAUAGGGUGGCUUGGCGGCUCCACGGCUGCCACAGACAGGAACACCGACGUAAAAGAUUCUUUAUCGGUACUCAUUGCUCCUUCAAACUCCGGCCGAUUGCUUCAGGAGCGAGAUCAGAUCUGUGAAGGAGACAAUCGUUUGGCUCUGGUGUUCAGAAACAAGGAGAUGUGUGGCAAUAGAUCGUCAUACCCUCAUCUUGUACCCCUACUCGUCAACAAACAGGUACACGAAGAGGUCAUCUGUGCCCAAUGGAAGCUCACCACUAAACGCGUCGAUGUUUUCAACUGGCAACACCCAUGGAAGACGAAAGGGUGCUUGGAUCUGAUCAAAACUUAUCAAGCACAUUAUUCAUUGGGAGCACUAGGCCGUGUUCAGUUGUACCUGGACCAUUACACCUAUGCACGAAUCUUUCCCUCGAAAGGCCUGGCUUACGAUAAGGCCGCUGAUAUGAUAGUGGAUUUCCUUGCCGCUCUACCCCCAAUUCAAAUCCUAGAGUUUCACUUCGCGGGAUGGGACGACGAAGUUCAUGAGGAAAGACAUUCUUUUCUAAUGUGCUACAAAGUUUCAAUUGACUGGUACUUAAGGACACUACUCGGGCAAAUCCGGCACCUAAUCCAAAGGGGUCGCUUCAAUCGGAUUGUCGUCUCAGGGCAUGUAAAGCACAGUACGCGUGCGAUGUGGGAAACGAUCUUUGCCGAUGAGAAGCAAGGGGUCGUGCACGAUAUGGCCGAAGAGAUGCAAUUGAUACGCAAAGCCGUUAUGGGCGAAGCCGCUCAUAUGGUUGAUUCCCUAUAUGAGACGACGUGA